AUGCCCGGAACGCUCGCUGGACGCUGGCCGCCGUGCACCGCGACGUGCUCAUUGCUCACUUGCUCUCAGCUCUCUGAAGUCCAAACUCUGAAUUUGGAGAUCGACAGGACAUUCUCUAUGUCAGAUUGCAACAAGGGUCAAGGUGGGAAUGAUGCAUUUGUAAUAGAUGGAUGGGAUGGGUAUAACAAAUCUGAUAGGCUUAGAGAUCAUGUAGGCAGCAAAUGUAAUAGUUUUCAUAACACGGCUGUGAAAAGAUGUGACAAUUUAUUGAAGCCCGGCUUAGCUUUUCAUGGCCAUGAUGAAACAGAGGAAUCUACAAAUAAGGGAAACUUUCGAGAGUUGGUACAACUUUUGGCUAUGGAAAAUGGCAAAAUCAUUGUGAAAUCUAUCAUUGAAGAAAUAGGUGGGGAUGUGUUUUGCCUAUUAGUAGAUGAGUCAGCUGAUGUUUCUGGCAAGGAACAAAUGGUAGUUGUCUUACGGUAUGUUGACAAACUUGGGGUAAUAAAGGAGAGACUUAUUGCUGUUGUUCGUGUGCAAGAGACAUCAGCUUCAUGUAUGAUAUCAAACAUUGAUAAUUUAUUUGCUAAGUAUGGCUUGAGCAUAAAACAAAUUAGAGGACAAGGUUAUGAUGGGGCCAGCAACAUGAGAGCUUCUUGCAAAUGUAAAGAUAUGAUUCGAGAAAAGCAACAAGAGAGAGUUAGAAAAGCCAUUGGAAGUGGACAGCUACAUAGUGGAACUGGGUUGAAUCAAGAGCAGUCCCAUCAAACAGCAGGAGACACACAUUGGGGUUCUCAUUAUAAAAUACUCAAGAGCCUAAGCAAUCUGUUUUCAGAAAUUAUUGAAGUGCUCCAAUAUGUCGAAAAGGAAGUUCCAAAUGAUGCAAAGAGACGGCAAGCUCGUGGUCUUCUAGAUUACCUUAAGGAUUUUGACUUUGUGUUCCACUUGCAUUUAAUUAUGCUUAUUUUAGGACAUGCAAAUUGUUUGUCACUGUCCUUGCAGCGAAAAGAUAAACAUAUUUUGGAGGCCAUGUUGGAGGUGAAGUUAACCAAGCAGAAAUUUCAGCAAAUUAGAGAUAAUGGUUGGGAUUCUUUGUUGCAAGAUGUCCAGUCAUUUUGUGAAAAACAUGGCAUUCCCAAGUUGGAUAUGGAUGAGGAAUAUAUUGAUCGUCAUAGGCCAAGAAAGAAGACCAACCGAACCAACUAUCAGCAUUACAAAUAUGAUUGCUUCAAUCCAAUUAUUGACUUGCAACUUGCAGAGUUCAAUGAUCGUUUCAAUGAGGCAAACUCUCAAUUGCUCACUCAGAUUGCUACUUUCCAUCCCAAGAAUUCUUUUGAGGCUUUCAAAUUUGAGAGUUUAAUGGAGUUGGCUAAGUCAUAUCCUGAUGAUUUUGAUUCAACACAACUAAGGGAUCUUGGUCGUGAGCUUAAUAUUUAUAUUGACAAUGUGAAAGCUGAUGAAAGAUUUGCCAACUUGAACACUAUUUCUGAGCUUGCUAAGUUGAUGGUCGGUACAAACAAGCAUCUGGGUUUUCCUUUGGUGUAUCGACUUCUCAAGCUAGUACUAGUUCUUCCGGUUGCAACUGCAUCAGUUGAGAGGUGCUUUUCAGCAAUAAAAAUUGUGAAGACAAUACUACGGAAUCGUAUUGGAGAUGGAUUCUUGAAUGAUUGUAUUGUAUGUUUCGUGGAACAAGAAUUUCUAGCCACAAUUCCAAUUGAUGAUGUGAUCACUCGCUUUCACAAGAUGGACGACCGUAACCGCAGAGGGAACCGAUAG